AUGCUCUUAUCAACACCUUUGCGAAAUAGAGCGCUUCGACGACUCGUUUCGAAACAAGUCUCUCACUCAUUCAGCACUUCUCCGAGCAAAUCUCGCCUCGUCACCGCCUCGACACAACUGACCACAAAAUCUCUCCCAAGUUUCAAGACAUCUAUUCAGUCAGCCUCCUUCGCAACAAGUGCCGAAGCAGAGAACCAGAACUUCGCAGCAGUAGCAACAGGCGGAAUCCCCUACUGCGGUAUUCCCAAGAUCGAGGAUCCGUACAAGAAGCGCCAAUGGCAACUUGAGCACAUGGCGGGAGCCUUUCGAGUGUUUGCCCGCAUGGGAUUUACUGAAGGUGCGGCGGGACAUAUCAGUGUGAGAGAUCCUGUUGAUCGUGACACAUUCUGGAUCAACCCAAUGGGAGUUCACUUUGGUAUGCUUAAAGCAAGUGACAUGGUCCACAUCAACGAAGACGGCCAGGUAAUCGGCGGUAACCGUGUCGCUGUCAACGCAGCCGGUUUCACAAUUCACGCAGCUGUCCAUAAGGCCAGACCUGACGUCGACGCUGCGUGCCACGCACACUCCAAAUUCGGCAAAGCAUGGUCAACAUUCGGCAAGCCUCUCGACAUGAUUAGCCAAGAUGCUUGUAUCUUCUACAAAGACCACAGCGUAUACUCUGACUUUGGAGGCGUCGUGUUUGAAGAUGAUGAGGGCGCUCGUAUAGCUAAAGCUCUAGGUCCCAAAAACCGAUCGGUAAUUCUACAAAACCAUGGACUGUUGACGGCUGGUGGAACUGUUGAUGAGGCUGCGUAUUUGUUUUCGCUUAUGGAGAGGACGUGUGAGAUUCAGCUUUUGGUUGAGAGUGCGAAGUUGGAGAGGAAUGUUAUUGGUGAUGAGGCGGCUGAGUAUACUUAUCGAUAUAAUGCUGAUCCGGUAACAUUGUAUACGGAGUUUCAGCCUGAUUUUGAGUAUGAAGUUUGGAAGUCUAAUGGAGAGCUUAGAUCUGGACUUGACUAA